AUGUAUCACUUAUUUAAAUUAUUUCCUAUUGCUAUCUUUGUCAAACUUGUUUAUUGUGGUGAACCAACAGGAGACAAUGUGUGCACAGUACCUGUCCAGAAAGAAUUAAAGAAAUAUAUUCAGAAGGUGCCAUAUAAGACGACUGUUUGGUGCAACGAUACUACUAAAGGUAUACUGAAAGAAUAUCGAAAAGUGCCAAAAAUUGUAACAGCGUAUGUAAAGCAGUGUUGUGAUGGCUAUACACAAACCGCUAAUGACACUUGCAUUCCUUUAUGUGUUCCACCAUGCAAACAGGGUGUAUGUACAGCACCAAAUAAUUGCACCUGCAAACCUGGUUUCGGAGGGCCGACAUGCUCUUUAGCUUGCCCAACAGGAUUUUGGGGUCCAUCUUGUUCAUUGAAAUGUAAUUGCAAUCCUGGAGCUACUUGUAACCCAAUCACAGGCAUUUGCUACUGUCCUCCUGGUUAUCAUGGUAAACACUGCAAGGAACCAUGUGACGAUAAACAUUGGGGUCCAACUUGUGCAUUUUUAUGUUUGUGCAAAAAUAAUGGUACUUGCAAUCCAAUUGAUGGUUCGUGCAAAUGUGCACCUGGAUUUUCUGGUCAAUAUUGUCUUAAAGAAUGUGAUGAAGGAAAACAUGGACCCGAUUGCAUAUACGAUUGCGAAUGUCAAAAUGGAGCAUAUUGUAAUAAAAAAGAUGGAACUUGCUUAUGUCGUGCUGGAUUUUCAGGUCGGUUUUGUGAAAAUAAAUGUCCUAAAGGAUAUUACGGUGUUAACUGUACUUCGCACUGUUUUUGUUAUAAUGAAAACGGAUGUGAUCCGGUAACCGGAAAUUGUCAUUGUGUUGGCUUUAUCGGAAAGCACUGUGAAGAACCAUGUUCGGAAGGUACAUUUGGGGAAGGAUUUGUCCAUUUAAUCGUUUUGGACGAAAUUGUGAAAACGAAUGCGCUUGCAAUCCGGAAAAUACGAAACUGGGCAGGUUGUAAUUCUCCAUGUCCAAUAUCAUAUUAUGGUGAAAAUUGUGAGAGAAAAUGUCAGUGUAACCUGAAUACCGGUUCACAAUGUAAUCCGAUCACUGGACAGUGCAUUUGUGCUCCUGGAUAUCAUGGAACUCGUUGUGAUGAAAAAUGUACGGAAGGUUUAUUUGGUAUGAAUUGUGAAUCGAAGUGCAAUUGUAAAAAUGGUGCUUCAUGUGAUCAUCGUUUUGGUACAUGCAAUUGCACUGCUGGUUGGCGAGGACCACAGUGCAAUUUACCCUGUUGGGCUGGUUAUGGUAAUGCACAGUGUAAGAAAUGCGAUUGCAAAAAUGGUGCCGGUUGCGAUCCGUUAAGUGCUGCAUGCAUGUGCACGGUUGGAUGGACUGGAAAAAAUUGUGAAAUACCGUGCAGCGAAGGUUUCUAUGGAAUUAAUUGUUCGCAAGAAUGUAACUGUCGAAAUGGUGCUACAUGUGAUCCAGUUAAUGGCGAGUGCAAUUGUGCAGACGGAUGGGCUGGACCAGAUUGCUCCGUGUCGUGCCCUUCGGGAGAAAAAAAGAAUUGCUUGAGUUCAUGUCCAUGUGUUCAUGGAACUUGUGUGGAAAAUUCAGGGAAGUGUGCUUGUCGUCCAGGAUAUACCGGUCGUUUAUGUGAUGAAGGUGAGCGUUAUCUUUGCUUUACUGGAGAAGUUAUGGCUAUUUUCUACAACAGAGAGAAGUGCAACUGUAAUUAUGGAUGUGACCCACGCACUGGUCAGUGUUUGCAAUGUCCAGCCGGACGAAGUGGUGUAUUGUGUGAGCAAAGUUGUCCGUUUAAAAUGUGGGGUGAAAAGUGCAUGAAUCAUUGCGAUUGCAUGCAAAGUUCGGAGUGCAAUAGCAUCGAUGGUAGCUGCCAAUGUUACAGCGGUUUUAUGGGUGAAAAAUGUAAUCGAGUAUGCCCUCACGGUAAAUGGGGUAUGAAUUGCUCUCAAACAUGUAAUCAAUGCAAAAAUAACGGUAAAUGUGAUCCGAUCGAUGGUGAAUGUCAUUGUAAGCCGGGUUUCAUGGGAGAAAAAUGUGAACUAACUUGUGGAAUGGGUCGGUGGGGUGCGGAUUGCUUGAAUGAAUGCAAAUGUAAAAGUGGUCAUAAAUUAUGCAAUCCAAUCACCGGUAUUUGUCAUUGUGCUUCCGGUAUUAUGGGUGAUCUGUGCAAUCAAUACUGUCCUGAAGGUUUAUGGGGUCCAGAUUGUGUUUUCGGAUGUUCAUGUAAAAUGGAAAAUUCGAAAUGUCAAGCAACAACGGGUGAAUGUGUUUGCCAUCCAGGUUUCACUGGACCAAAAUGCGAUCGAGUCUGUCCCGAAGGUUUCUGGGGCGAACAGUGCGCGAAUGUGUGCGAUUGCGGUGAAAAUACCUGUGAUCCGGUGGUUGGUUGUUGCAAUUAUGACAGUAUUUCCUGCGAUCCUAUCAAACUGGAAUACCAUCUAUCGAAAAAGUACACGUUUGCAACAAUUACCGGUUUUUUGUUCCUUCUUGGUAUCCUACUCGUUAUUCUUGUACUCCUCAUUCUCUACUAUCGUCAAAAAUAUUUCAAGGAACGUGAUCCCGUCAUUCCAACUAUCAGUUAUCAUUCGACGGUGAAAAAUAACGAAUUGACCACAAUGAGAAAUGGAUUCGACAAUCCGCUUUAUAGAAAGACUGCAGAAGAUGCAAUUAGCGGUCAGGUUGCAGGAGAAUGUAAUAAAACAAAACGAUUCGAUCAAUUUCAAAAUGACUAUACUAAAUUCGAUAAUGUUUAUACAGAAAUUGAUUCGUUGCACGGAAAUCGAAAAAAUUUCGGAAGUUCUAUGAAACGUAAGUUCUAA